AUGAACCACACAAUCGCUAAAAUAAUCUCCGCAACUGUUUUUUUUUUUAAAAAAAAAUAUAUAUAUAUAUGUAUAUAUACAUAUAUAUAUAUAAGAAUAGCUACAGUACAGGUUUGCUAACAUCGAUGUUCUGGCCUUGUAGCUAUAUGGAAAAUGAGCGAAUAACAUUAAUUGACGAGAAGACUAAAUAUGGUCUUUUAGGAUUUCAGUUGCAAAAACUAAUAUAGCACUUUAUGACGUAACUUUUACUGCAGCGUCUAAGGUGUACUUUGUGUCCGGAACCUAAGUGGUUUAUCUUAGCUAAAGCUAGGUAGCUAAGGUGGAGAAGAUUCGUAGAUAACAGUUUGAGAUGUCUAAGAGAAAAAAUAAUCAAAUACUGGAAGUGCCUUCAAAAAGAGUUAGGUUGUCACAGCCAGAGCCACCAGACGAUGAAGAGGAAAGAAUCUGUUCCAUUCAAGACAGCAGUGAUCUUCGGACAUCCCACUGUGCUUCAGGGGAGGUUGGCAUUAUAGAGAACAUCUUUCUCAGGAACUUCAUGUGCCAUUCUCUUCUUGGUCCCUUUACAUUUGGGCCAAAUGUCAACUUUGUGAUUGGAAACAAUGGGAGUGGUAAGAGUGCAAUACUUACAGCUCUGAUUGUUGGUCUGGGAGGCAAAGCGCAGACCACUAACAGGGGCUCUUCGCUCAAAGGCUUUAUCAAAGAGGGCGAGAGCUCUGCACAAAUUUCCAUCACUAUGAGGAACAGAGGCCAGGAUGCAUAUAAGCCAGAGGUUUUUGGGGAGUCCAUUACAAUUGAUCUUCGCAUUUCCAGUGAAGGACUGAGAACGUACAAGUUUAUGAGCAAAACAGGUCAACCCGUGCCAUAUAAAAAGGAGGAACUUGUAUCCAUUCUUGAUCACUUCAAUAUUCAGGUGGAUAAUCCUAUUUCUAUCCUUACACAGGAAAUGAGUAAACAUUUCCUCCACUCCAAAGGAGAGGGAGACAAGUACAAAUUUUUUAUGAAAGCAACUCAGCUGGAACAGAUGAAAGAAGAUUACAGCUACAUUAUGGAAACCAAAGCUAUGACCCAGAAUACAGUGCAGAAACAUGAGGAGAUUCUGCAGGAAAUGCGGUUAAAGUUCAAGGAGAAAGAGGAGCGUUAUAAAAAUCUGGCCUCACUGGAUGAGAUGCUACAGAAACUGGGUGAAUUAAAGGGCCAAAUGGCCUGGGCAUUGGUAACUGAAAUGGAACGGGAAAUAAAGAACAUGCGAGAGAAGAUUGCAGGGGAAGAGAAAUCAACUAUUAAAUAUGACCAAAAGGUGGAAGAGUGGAAGGAAAAAGUAGCAGAAGCUGAGCAGAAGUAUAAGGAGUUUCAUGACCAGUUGGAAUCUGUUAAUCAGCGUUUGAAACAGCUGCAGCCAAAAUGUACACAACUUAAAAAUGAAGUACAGGAACGUUGCAGAGUCUUCAGAGUAGCAGAGGCUCGUUUGCAUAGGCACACAACUAAUUUAAGGGACUUGGAGAGAGACAAAGACCAGCUCACCAAUCGCAUUAGUGAGCUGAAAUACAGUAUCACUCAGUCAAGUGCAGUGUCCAGCCAGAGCCGUAGGGAACAGAUGAAUCGCCUUCAAACUGAGUUGGAUGCUCUUAAUUUUAAGGAGUCAACUCUCGCUCAGCAGAUAGAGCAGUUUCAACAGGCCUAUAACAGUGCCAAGGACAAGCUCAAUAAAAUGAGACUAGAGGUGCAGGAUUUGCAUCGUGCACUUGAGUCAAAGCGGCGGGAACUGACCACUCUGGAGGGUAGCAGAAUUGGUGGACUUCGUCGAUUUGGUGAGAAAAUGCCAGCAUUAAUUGCUGCCAUUGAAGAAGCUAACCAUCGAGGACACUUCAGAGUAAAACCUGUGGGACCCCUUGGAUACUGUAUCCGGUUGCGGGAUGCAGAACUCUGUCUUGCUGUGGAGAGCUGUCUGAAGUCCUUAUUGUUCGCUUUCUGCUGUGAUAACUACAUGGAUGAGAAAGUGCUACAGUUGCUAAUGAGUAAAGCCUUUUCACAGGAACGAAGGCCUCAAAUUAUUGUCAGUGAAUUUACUGACACACUCUAUGACAUCAGUACCAGAGCUGUCAGACAUCCUCAGUACCCAACAGUACUCCAGGCUCUUGAUAUUGACAAUCCGGUUGUGGCCAACUGUUUGAUUGAUAUGAGAGGUAUAGAGACCAUUUUGCUUAUUAAGAAUAACAAAGACGCACGGAGAGUGAUGCAAAGAGGGUGUCCUCCUUGUAACUGUAAAGAGGCUUUUACACGUGAAGGGGACCAGGUGUUCAAUAACCGCUACUAUUCCUCAGAACAGCAGAGGGCACUCUACCUAAGCCAUGAUGUGGAAAAGGAAAUUAGGAAUUUACAAGCAGCUUUGCAGACCCAGCAGAGGAAUCACCAAGAUUUUGCCCAAAAUAUUGGGCAAGUUGAAGACCAAGUGCAUCAGAAUGAAGUUCUGUUUAAGAGAGCCCUUACAGAUCACAAAAGAGUGAAGGAUCAGUGCCGGAAGCUUCAUUUGCAGAUGAGUGAUUUGCAAAAUGUGGAAGAACCGCAGUCUGAGGAUCUGAAACCACUGGAAGAGGAACUAGAGGAGCUAAGUGACAAGCUAACUGUGAGUCGUGAAGAGUAUGAGAUGGAAAAGCAACAGAUGCUCACACUCAAAAGUGGUUUUGAGGAAGUGGAGCUUCAAUACCGCCAGCACAAAGAUGACAUAAACAGUCUGGCUGAGGAGGCAGACCCCAUUAAGGAAGAGCUGAGUAAGAGUGACCAGGUGGUGGAGAAGAGUAAGCAUAAUAAGAAACAUUAUGAGGAGAAACGUAAAGAGCACCUGAGCCACAUACAAGAUCUGAAGAAGUCCUUGGGGGAUAAGGAACAUGAAAUAGAGAAUUCAAUAACAAAAGCCUUGGAAAUCUGCCCAGAGCGUUCAGAUGUGAGAAGAACAGCUAAAAGUCUUGACAGUGAGAUCAGCCGUUUAAAACUUAAAAUCAGCACACAGCAAGACCAGCAUGGGGACAGAGACACAAUCCUCAGGCAAUAUCAGGAUGCGCUCCAGAGCUAUAACGGUGCUGCUCUGCAGGUAAAGGGGCUCAAGAGCUUCAUCACCCUACUGGGCAAUAUUAUGAACAAGCGGCAUAACAUCUACACUGAAAUGAGGAGAUAUCUUUCAGUGCGUUGCAAGUACUAUUUUGACUCCAUGCUGUCCCAGAGAGGAUACACAGGAAAAAUGACCUUCAGCCACAAGGAUGAGACGCUCUCCAUUUCCGUUCAGCCAGGAGAAAAUGCUAAGGCUGCACUGAGUGAUAUGCGUUCUUUAUCUGGAGGAGAACGAUCAUUUUCCACUGUGUGUUUUGUUUUGAGUCUUUGGGCCAUAGCUGAAGCUCCAUUCCGCUGCCUGGAUGAAUUCGAUGUGUACAUGGACAUGGUGAACCGCAGAAUUUCCAUGGACAUGAUGUUGAAGAUAGCAGCUAGCCAGCGCUAUAGACAGUUCAUUUUCCUCACUCCACAGAGCAUGAGUUCUCUUCCACCAAAUAACCUGACCCAUAUCCUGCGUUUAAAUGACCCAGACCGCAACCAGUCUACUCUGCCAUUUGGACAACCUUGAGGAGGCCAAGUGAGAUUGGACUCCAGAAUUAUCAAAGCAGCACAGUUCAAACUGGACCAUGCCAUAAGAGACCUUGGCCUUUUCAUAUCGGUUUUGUGCUGUGUAAUACAGCAAUAUCAAAAUUUGAUAUAAGUGUUCAGUUAGAUGCACCCAGUGUUGUCCAGCAUUGUUUUAAAUAAUUGUUCUGUCAUUUGUUUUCUUCACAUAGUAGUGCAACAUGUUCUGUCAGUAAAAUGUGACAUUUCUUGCAAUUUAAAUGUACAUUAGGUAACAUUACUUAAAAGUGUGUGACGCUGUAUUUAUACAAUUUUUUAAACUAAUACAUAUAGAAUUUUGUUUAAAAUUGCUGAAUGCACAUCUUUUUUUGUGAGCUGUCUUUUAUUUUUCACAUAUUUAUGUGACUAUGUAAUAUAAU